GUACUUACGAAUUAUGAUUAUUUUUAAUAGUUUUUGUGUCAAAUAAAAUCCUAAACUGUCACAACCGUCUUUUAUGUUUUAGGAUAGCUUUCGAGCAUUGCUGCUGUACUGUUAGCUGGAGUUAACAACAAAUCGGUUAUUAAGAAACGUAACCAUUAACCAGUUAUGUAUUGUAGAUCGUGACGUUUGUUAAUCAGUGCGCAAUUGCGGAUGCUAGUCCGUUCUUAACUGUUCCGUCCUCGUAUUAUUUGGAUUUCCGACAGCCACUUAUCUGUACAUCCAGUUCCCUCGUUCCGUCGCAUACUACGUUGAUUUGUGUACUGUGGAAGUAAAUAUGCACCUAUACAGCUUCACUCUUCAGCGACCUACGGGUAUAAACUGUGCGGUUCAUGGUAACUUCACGGGAGGCAAGCACCAAGAGAUCGUUCUCAGUCGCGGACAAUGUCUGGAUAUUAUUCGUCCAGACACAGAUUCCGGCAAAAUGCACAUUCUGCACAGUACAGAUGUUUUUGGCGUUAUCCGUUCCCUGGCUAGUUUUCGACUCAUUGGCGGUAGCAAAGACUACCUCAUUUUGGGUACGGACUCAGGAAAGAUCGCUAUUCUGGAAUUCAACACUGCCAAAAAUGCUUUUGAUCGGAUACAUUUGGAGACGUUUGGUAAAAGCGGCUGCCGCCGCAUUGUUCCUGGACAGUAUCUUGCCACUGAUCCAAAGGGUCGCGCUGUCAUGAUUGGUGCUGUGGAAAAACAGAAACUCGUCUAUAUCAUGAAUCGAGACUCUCAGGCGCGGUUGACUAUUUCCUCUCCACUUGAAGCCCACAAAGCCAACACUUUUCUAUACAAUGUUAUUGGUGUUGAUGUUGGAUUCGAGAACCCUUUGUUCGCUUGUUUAGAAAUGGAUUAUGAGGAAGCGGAUAAUGAUCCGACUGGCGAAUCAGCCCAGAAAGCACAGCAGAGUUUGACAUACUACGAAUUGGAUCUUGGUUUGAACCACGUCGUUCGGAAGUUUACGGAAACCCUUGAAGAACGAGCAAACUUUUUAAUUGCGGUACCGGGUGGGAACGAUGGGCCUGGCGGAAUUUUGGUCUGCUCAGAGAACUACAUUACCUAUAAGAAUCUCGGCGAUCAACCAGAGGUUCGAGCACCAGUACCAAGGCGAAGGCACGAUUUGGAAGACCCCGAUAGAGGCAUGAUGUUCGUGACUUACGCUGCCCAUAAAACGAAAAAUCUGUUUUUCUUCUUGCUCCAAACGGAACAAGGGGAUGUGUUCAAAGUUACUCUGACCGUGGACGACGAAAUGGUCAGUGAAAUACGGAUGAAGUAUCUUGAUACGAUUCCCGUUGCCUCGGCUUUGUGUAUUUUACGGACUGGAUUUCUUUUUGUUGCUUCGGAAUUCGGCAAUCAUCGGUUGUGCCAGAUUGCCCACCUGGGCGACUCACAAACAGAUGACCAACCCGAAUUCAGUAGUUCUACCCCGUUGGAAGAAGGUGAUACAUUUUAUUUUCGUCCCCGAGAGCCCAAAAACCUGAUCAUGGUGGAUGAAUUGCAGAGCUUGUCCCCGAUUUUGCAUAGCCGGAUCUUGGAUUUAGCUAACGAAGACACGCCACAGCUCUAUACUUUGUGUGGAACAGGCGCGCGAUCCACUUUGAGAGUGCUGCGACAUGGCCUGGAGAUAACGGAGAUGGCUGUCUCUGAACUUCCUGGUAAUCCGAAUGCGGUGUGGACAGUGCGAAAACACGCCGACGACAAGUUUGAUGCCUACAUUGUGGUUUCUUUCGUUAAUGCCACGCUGGUUCUCUCCAUUGGAGACACGGUAGAAGAAGUUGCCGAUUCGGGAUUCUUGGGAACGACACCGACCAUUGCCUGUUCGCUAUUGGGUGAUGAUGCUCUGAUCCAAGUCUAUCCCGAUGGAAUCCGCCAUAUUAGAGCUGACAAGCGCGUUAAUGAAUGGAAAAGUCCGGGAAAACGCCAGAUCACUAAGUGUGCUGUGAAUGAGCGCCAGUUAGUUAUUUCUUUGAGCGGAGGCGAACUGGUAUACUUUGAAAUGGAUGCUAGCGGUCAACUUAACGAGUAUACGGAGCGGAAGGAAAUGCAAAGCGAUGUCGUUUGCAUGGCAUUGGGAGACAUCCCGCCCGGCGAGCAACGCUCUCGUUUUCUGGCGGUAGGAUUGGCUGAUAAUACCGUACGGCUGCUGUCCCUGGAUGUCCAGGAUUGCUUGUCCCCUUUAAGCCUACAGGCUCUUCCAGCUCCUGCAGAAAGUCUCAACAUCGUUGAUCUGGGAUCGAGGGAUUUUCGACGUGACACGUCUACUCCAGCGGAAGCCAGAUUAAAACGCGGUGUUUUGUACCUGAAUAUCGGCCUACAAAAUGGCGUACUGCUUCGCUCUGUUCUCGAUCCGGUUACCGGGGAUUUGUCGGACACAAGAACACGCUAUUUAGGCUCGCGGCCUGUAAAAUUGUUUCGAACAUCGGUCCAAGGCAGUCAAGCCGUUUUAGCCUUAUCCAGCCGAUCAUGGCUCAGCUAUCACUAUCAAAAUCGGUUUCUCCUGACGCCCUUAUCAUACGAAACGCUGGAACAUGCAUCAGCUUUCUCGUCGGACCAGUGCCCAGAGGGCAUUGUAGCCAUUGCAUCCAAUACUUUGAGGAUUUUGGCUCUGGACAAACUGGGUACAGUAUUUAAUGAAACCGUUACCCCACUCCGCUACACACCCAGGAAAUUCGCCAUUCACCCGAGCGUUGGAAUUAUGGUGACGAUUGAGACGGAUCAUAAUGCGUAUACACUGGAAGGGAAGAUCGCUCGCAAACAGCAGAUGGCCACAGAAAUUUUGUCCAGUGCCGAAGCUCAUGAGCAGGAGAUGGCCAAGCAGUUGGUACAGGAGAUCCUGAGGAGUGACCUUGCAGACGCAGAUUUCGGUGCGCCAAAGGCUGGACUUGGGAAAUGGGCCUCGUGUGUUCGUAUCACUCACCCGGUUGCAGGGAAGACCAUCUGGGUAGAGGAUCUUCCGCAGAACGAGGCGGCAUUUAGCGUGGCUGUUGUUAAGUUUAGUGGAAAAAGUGGAGAGGAAGAAUAUUUUGUAAUUGUGGGAACUGCAGUUGGAUUACAACUGAACCCGCGGCAGCUGGCGGAUGGGGGACGUUUGAGAACGUAUCGAUUCGGAGCAGAUUACCAGAGACUGGAGCUGCUGCAUGUGACACCUGUCGACGAAGUGCCGCAUUCCAUAGUGGCUUUCCAAGGCAGGUUGGCCGUAGCGGUCGGACGAUCCUUGCGAAUUUAUGAUCUAGGAAGGAAAAAACUUCUUCGAAAGUGUGAAAGCAAGCUUAUUCCUAACAUGAUUGUGGAUAUUAAAACGAUGGGACCGCGUUUAUACGUAUCAGAUUCCAACGAUAGCCUAUUUUUCAUCAAGUACAAAGCGAAGGAGAAUGUUCUGAACAUCUUCGCCGAUGAUACCUUUCCGCGCUUCAUCACUUGUUCCGUGUUGCUGGAUUACAACACUAUCGCUGUGGGGGAUAAAUUCGGAAACGUGUCAGUGAUUCGAUUGCCGAGCUCUGUGAAUGAAGAUCACGAAGACGACCCGGCCUCGUUUUGGGACAGAGGUUAUUUGAAUGGAGCUUCUCAAAAGGCGGAGACGGUUUGCAUGUAUUAUGUUGGAGAAACAUUGUCAAGUCUUCAGAAAGUUACGCUUAUUCCUGGGGGCUCCGAAUCGUUGGUUUUCACGACACUGUCCGGUCGGAUUGGUGCAUUGGUCCCGUUCACAUCACGCGAAGAUCGUGAUUUUUUCCAGCAUUUGGAAAUGCACUUACGCAACGAAAAGCCUCCAUUGUGUGGCCGGGAUCACCUGCACUUUCGGUCAUACUACUUUCCCGUUAAGGGGGUCGUUGAUGGAGACUUGUGCGAGCAGUAUAACGCACUCGAUUACGCAAAGCAAAAAGAAAUUGCAGAGGAACUUGACAGAACACCGAAUGAAGUGGCGAAGAAACUGGAAGACAUUCGAAAUCGUUAUGCAUUUUAGCGUCUUAUUUGUACAACUGAGUAUUAUUUAUGUUGAUCAUUGUUGUUUUUUGUCAGUUAGGUCGUUGAAUAAUUUUGGCUUUGAGUUAACAUCCGUUUCCGAUCGAUCUCUGGUUUUAUUUUUCGUUGAGACAAGGAACCGAACAAGGAAAGCACCGUUUUCACAACAGAAACGAGAACUCAAACAAAAAAAGAUUCAAAAAUAA